AUGGUAAAUUUAAUUAGAGAAUAAUAUGCUACACUUUAUUUUGCAAAUAAAUGUUCUGGAGCUUUCAUAUUCUGUGUAUCUCUUUAUUUUUUGAUGAUUAUACUUCCUUUUUUUAUAGGAUUUACAACAGCAGGUAAAUAUUGAAUAAAUUGUUAGAUUUUUGGAUUUUAAAAAAGACAACAUUUCAAACUCCAAAAGUGAGUAGUUUUGAUGAAUAUUAUUUGAAAAUUCUAAUGAAUGAUGGAACAUAGAAAAUUUAUACAAAUAUUCCUGAAAUAUAAUUAUAAUUAGGGACAAGUCAACCUGGAGCAUUUUAUUUUAGUGUAAUAAUAUUUGAAUAAUAUAAGCAAAAAAAAUUAAGUUAGAAUGAAUAGGAUGAAUUUUAAGCAAAGACUAGUAACUUUACUUCUUAGUUUUUUAUUGAUUUACUAACAGAAUAGUAGAUAAAAUAAAUAAGGGAGAUUCAAAUCUUAAUUUUUUAUGAAUAUGAUUUAGAUGAGACUGUUAGUAUGAAUAUGUAAGGAUAUGCCUUUGCAUCUUUAAAAUCUCCUCAUGGAAUAUCAUCAGCAUCUACCAUAGGAUAACUGAGGUUGAGUUAGAGACAUCCAAUUUAUUCAGGGUAAUAAAAAUGAUUAGACUCUGUUAGGAAAGUACCUAGAACGAAAUAUAAUUAUUCAUCAUAUUAUAAUGCAUUAGGUUAAGUACUCUUAGACCCAAUAGAAAUAGUUGAGAAUUCUAUUUACAAUAGAAAUGGUAUAUAUUUAAUAUAUUUUUUAGAAUCUAUUUUCUAUGAUUAUAUUUCUUAUAUAAUUCCACCAACUUCUUUACUAGUUCCAGAGACAACAACAAGAUAAACAGAAAAUAAUGAGAACCAAUAUCCAAUAGCAUUUUAAACAACUACUAAUAAUACUACAAAUAAUAAUACUACAAAUAAUAAUACUACGACAACCACUGUAGAUAUAUAAAAAGGUGUUUAUUUACCUGUUUAUUUAAGUCAUUCUACUUAAUUGUCAAUUAAUAUGACUUUAUAAAUUCCAAAUAAAGAGAUGGUUAUGUAUUAAACAGAAAUUAUAGAAGCUUUGAAAUUUUCAUGGAUGUAAUAUUUGUCUAUUUUCUUAAUAUUUUGGUUUUUUGGUUAAAUGAUUUUAGAAUUUGUUGUGUCAAACAAAGUUUUUGCAACAUAAGCAGUUGUAAACAUUCCAAUUCCUUUGAAAUCCUACUCAAAACUCAAAUUAGAUUGA